AUGCCCGCAGAUAUGCACCAUAAACCUUUGAUUAUAAAGGCUGACUUUGUUGAAAUACACAAACUAGUUGAUAAGAAGAAAAACACUUAUCUUUUUCACAAAGGUGAUUACACGGCUAUCAGCUCAGCUCUUGACCAGGUAAACUGCUCAGAAAGCUCCGGGUCUUCCUCCGAAGAAGAGGAGUCAGAUUCAUCUUCUUUAUCUGAUUCUUCGCUUCCUGGUUGUUCCGUCGUUGGGGCACUAGUUGAAGUAGUCGUAUUUGGUGCCGCAGUUGUUGUGGUAGUCGUAUUUGGUGCCGCAGUUGUUGUGGUGGUCGUAUUUGGUGCUGCAGUUGUCGUGGUGGUCGUAUUUGGUGCCGCAGUUGUUGUGGUGGUCGUAUUUGGUGCCGCAGUUGUUGUGGUGGUCGUAUUUGGUGCCGCAGUUGUUGUGGUGUCGUAUUUGGUGCCGCUGUUGUUGUGGUGGUCGUAUUUGGUGCCGCAGUCGUGGUAG